UGAUAGCGCAUAAUCUGAUUGCAUACAUUACUAAACUCGAGUUAAAUACAAGUUUUUCAUAACCUCAAUCUUUAAGUGAAUAUUUGGAGUUGUGGAAAAAAUAUUAAUUUAUUAUUGCUGUGGCACGUGAGGCAUGCCCCCACCUGUGGUGUCCACCUGUUACAUCACAAACGGAGACAAGCCCAUAUCCUUGUCUCUCACUGUCCCAUUCCACCAGUGUAACUCGAAGCAAGUAAUUGCUUAUUAAUGCGUUUUUAUGACGAAAACAACAUUACGUAACUGAAAUAAACAAACCAAUAACAAAGCAGAACCAAUGCACGCAAUUGGCCAAUCCUUAUUUUUGUCUUUAUUGGUGAAUCCUUGCCAAUAAGCCAGUCAGUGUGAAAUGCUGCCGUUAUCACCACAUUCAGUGAUAAAGAUCAGUAAACAUUAACCCAGUGUUAACAUGUGACCCGCGUUUGUGCCAAUUAUCCAAAACCCAACAAUGGAACAAGACUGGUUCUUCUAUUCCGUCACCCUUUUCACCUUUGCGGUGAUUUUCACUUUCUGCUACAUCCGUCACGUGUACACGUUUUUCGAAAGAAAGCGCAUUCCAAGGGCAGGCCAUCCCACUUUUCCGUUCGGGAACCUGUACGAUGUUUUUUUCGAAAAAGUGCCGAUUUUUAUGCAACUGUGGAAGUUCUACAAUCGGUUCAAGAGGAAGAAGUGCAAGUUGGGUGGCUUUUACUUGUUUCUAAAACCAGCGAUUGUGCUAGUGGACACGACACUAGUCCAGUUGUUUUUCACCGAUGUUUUCGCAAAGGACGAACGUGAUGAUUUGGACGCGAAUUUUUGUGGACAAGUGCUAGCCAGUGUUGUGAAAAGUGUGGAAAAAGUUUGGCCGAAAUUGGGGCCAUUUGCCGAAAAUGAGGCCAAUUUUACCCAAAUUUUGGGCCAGGAAUUGGUCGGAUUGUGCGCACGGGAAUUUUUUGAUUCGAAUGAUGCGAAGUUGUGUGAAGUGGAAGGCUCACGUGUUUUUCCACUUUUCCGGAAAUGUGUUUCUCUGAGUUACCCGCAGUUUUGCAAAAAUGAAAAUCACAGAUUUCGUGGGAAAAACUUCGAAAAAGCGGCGAAAAAUGGAGUCCUGCAAGUGCUUCAAAAAAAUGGGUUUUCAGCCAAGGACAGGGUCGAUUUUAUCGCAGAACUUGUGGAUUAUUUGGGAAAGUCGAGCAAUUUGAUACUUUUCACGCUGUAUGAGUUAAGUCUGAACAGGGAGAUUCAGGACGAUUUGAGGGGAGAAAUUCUAAGGUUUCGAAGAAAUAAGGACACUUUUACGUACACUGAAUUGGAACAACUGACUUAUUUAGAAACAGUCAUUUGUGAAACUUUAAGAAAAUAUCCAAUGAAACCGUUUGUACACAAAGUUUGUCAAAAAACUUUCGAACAAAAUGGUAUUAAAUUCGAUACAAAUCAGACAGUAUUUUUAUCAAUUUUUGGGAUUCAUCACGAUGUUGACAAUUACAUUAAUCCCGAAUUGUUCGAUCCUGAUCGGUUUUCCGAAGAGAAUGAAAUGUUUAUCGAUCCGAUUAAAUAUUUACCAUUUGGACACCAAAUAAAAAAUGAUUUUGAUUCUCUUUAUGCCAAGUUAAUUAUGAAAAUGAUUCUGAUAGAACUCCUUUCAAAGUACGAAUUUGCAUUAGGAAAAAAAUCACCCAAAUGUAUUACGUUCGACGAAAACUUGUUUGAAAUCAAGUCGAGGGAAGACAUGUGGUUGAAGAUCAAAAAAUUGUAAUUAAUUCGUUCAUUAAAAUUGUUUUUCAAAA